GCGGAGGAGCACUGUCUGGGGAAGGAGUACCGCGGCCGUCAUGUCGGAGCUACGUUGAAGCAGGAGAUUAUUCAGGAAAAUCGUAAAUUUCCUUGAUUAUCUGCCCACAGUGGCGGGUCCUGAGGCUCCCGCGGGCAGAGGAGAAACUCAGGCAGGCGGGAGGCAAAGGAGAAAGUUUUCGCUUGAGAAAUAACGAAACUAAGAGAGAAGGUGAGGCCAGACAGCCGGACGAAGAGAGAGAAAAAUUUGGAGAACGGAGAAAAAGAGGGAGAGGAAACAGUGAAGUUAGCGAACAAAGACGCUAAAAGGAAAAGAAACAGGACAGUGAGUGAGGGGAAAAGGACAUGAAUGAGGUGCAGUGAAGGAAGAGAAGGGACGGGAAAAAGAAAAAUAUUGAUAACCUGCAAUAAUAACAAUAUCGAGUGUGAACGAAGCUGAAUGGAAGGAGGAACGGAGAGUGGAAGAAAGGGUGAGAAAAGACGGUGUUGAAGGAUAAACGACAAUACAGAAAACACACAUGAUUACAGAAUUAUGUGGAGGGAGAGAGAGGAGAAGAAAAAGCACUAACUGAGGAGGGAGGAAGGAGACGGAUAGUGAGAUCAAGAAGUGCGAAGAAAAAUAAAUACAUAGACGGGCUCCCUCGUAGACAGACAAACAAAAAAGCGUGAACCAAUAAAAAAACAUGUAGGAAAUAAAAGGGAAUUAAAGGAAAGCACGAAAAACGGUGACACGCAGAAAAAGGAAAUUAAAAGUCAAAGGACUACAGUUCAAAAGUUAAUUAAAUAAAAACUACCAUAGUAAAUAUACGUAUAUAUAAAAUAGACGUCGCGACUUGAGUUAAAAGGGGAUAAAGGGACUAAGAAGAGACAGACAGACAGGUGGAGGAAGAGAGAAAGACAAAGAUAGAGAGAGAGGGUGCAGAGGCCCUCAAGCCAAGAUGUCCAUGCUUCCCUUUACGCCGCCUGUAGUAAAGCGGCUCCUGAGCUUCAAGAAGGGUGAGGGCGAAGACAAGUGGAGCGAAAAGGCCGUGAAGAGCUUGGUGAAAAAGCUAAAGAAAAGUGGCGGCUUAGAGGAGCUGGAAGGCGCGGUGGCUGGACAAGACACCUCCUCCCGCUGUAUUACCAUUCCUAGGUCAUUGGAUGGGCGGCUGCAGGUGUCCCACAAGAAGGGUCUGCCCCAUGUCAUCUACUGCCGGCUGUGGCGCUGGCCAGAACUACAGUCUCACCACGAGCUGCGCGCCCUUGAACACUGCCAGUACGCCUUCAACCUUAAGAAGGAGGAGGUGUGCGUUAACCCUUACCACUACACAAAGAUAGAGGCCCCUGCGUUGCCCGCCAUCUUGGUGCCUCGGGGUAGUGGUAGCAGCAGCAGCGGGAGUAGCAACAGUGUAGGUGGUGGGGGUGGGGGUGGAGGUGGGGGUGUGGGCAGUUCAAGUCCAGGCUCAGAGGAGGACCUCGGCUCUCUGGCUGACCUCACCACCGACAGUGUGAGUGGCGAUUCAACCUCUCUGGACGUGGCCCCGACCAUGGAGCCACCCCCCACCUUCCCCCCGACUGAAUCCCCCCCUCCAGGUUACAUGAGUGAGGACGGUGACACCCUGCCAGAUAUCACAGACUACCCAGCAGGCAUGAUACCCACGUCACCAUCGCCGCCCCUUGAUGCACAGCCAAUCACUUACUGCGAACCUGCCUUCUGGUGCUCCAUCUCCUACUAUGAGCUGAACACAAGAGUAGGAGAGACCUUUCAUGCCUCGCAACCUUCCCUCACUGUGGAUGGCUUUACAGAUCCCAGCAACAGUGAACGAUUUUGCUUGGGCUUAUUGUCCAAUGUCAAUCGCAAUCCAGUGGUGGAGCAGACACGGCGUCACAUUGGCAAAGGCGUGCGCCUCUACUACAUUGGUGGGGAGGUAUUUGCUGAGUGUCUCUCUGACUCCUCCAUCUUUGUGCAGAGCCCUAACUGCAACCAGCGAUAUGGGUGGCACCCUGCUACAGUGGUGAAGAUACCACCAGGAUGUAACCUGAAAAUCUUCAACAACCAGGAGUUUGCCCACCAACUGGGACAGAGUGUGAGCCAGGGCUUUGAGGCUGUCUACCAACUCACACGCAUGUGCACUAUCCGCAUCUCAUUUGUCAAAGGCUGGGGCGCUGAGUACAGAAGGCAGACAGUCACCUCCACUCCUUGCUGGAUAGAGCUGCACCUCAAUGGACCACUUCAGUGGCUGGACCGUGUGCUGACUCAGAUGGGCUCCCCUUGCCUCCCCUGCUCCUCCAUGUCCUGAGUGGAUUGUGUGUGUAGUGGCAAUGGCAGCAAUAGCUGUAUGGCCAGACCCUUAGGAACAUUGUUGGCAAGAUGGAGACAUUGCUUGCUUGUGUCUAGUGGUGUGGCUGACAAGCCAGAGUGCCUCCUCCAAGUGGAAGUGUGGUGGAGUAUCAUCAUCCAUUAUGGUUCAGUGUGUUCAGUGUUGGUGGGACUGUCUAUUAUUUGUGGCACUGUGUAGAUACUCACAUGCACAAUGGGUGACCUGUGUCAUGGCCCUGGGAUGGACAGACAAUAUGUGGCACCCAGUUGAGUCCAGUAUGAACUCAAGUUUGUGCUAGUGUUGCAGUGCAGGACCCUCCCAAGAACUGACGUUGGUCUGGUAUUGUUUCCUCUUGGCCUGCUUGAGGAAGGAGGGUUUGGUGGCAUCAUAGAGAAACUCUUGGUGUCAGUCAGCUGUGGGCAAGAUUGUGGAGAUACUAUUACUCAUGAAUCAUUUUUAUAUUGCAUUUUGAUCAUUUUUAUAGGUAUGCUUUGUGCCCUAAAAGAGAUAAUACACUCAGUUUUGUCAUACAUUAAGUAAAUUUUGUUACAAGCAUUUAUAUAACAUGGGUUAUUUUGGUUUAUAGCUAUGAAUUAAAAACUGAGGUGAAUUAAUAUACAUUGCAGCAAAUAGAUUAUUUAAUUUUGUUAGUUUUUAUUGUUAAUUAUAUGGUCAUUAUUAUUAUUAUUGUUAUUGUUGUAUUUUUAUACGUAAAAAUGCGUGUGUUGUAUUAUUUACGCAGUUUAAGGUUUUGAGGCAUACUUUUCACAGAUGUACCUUGAUAUCUUUGGCAGUAAAUGGAGUCUAUUGAGUCUAUUUUAAUCUUAAGAAAACUGCAUCCAAAGGUUUGUUUUUGACAGUGUUGUGACAAGGUUGUGUGUGUGUGUGUGUGUGUGUGUGUGUGUGUGUGUGUGUGUGUGUGUGUGUGUGUGUGUGUGCGCAUGCAUGCAUGUCAGAGAGAGAGAGAGAGAGAGAAAGAGAAAGCCAAUAACAACACUCAAUUAUAAACCUGUCAUUGUGUUAGUCAUUUACUUACUGGAAGCAACAUAAGUCAGGCUUUAGACUUCAUAAUCACCUUCUGUGUUGAGAAGUGUGGUACAGGAGUAUGUGUAUAUACGUACAUAUUUUUAAGAUGAGCACACACUGCUGUUGGUAUAUAAUUAUUUGUGGUAAAAGUAUUAUUUGCAUUUGCUCAGUGUUUUUAAAAGGGAAAUAAAGCAAGUCAUUUGUCAGUAUUAACCAAGAUGAGUCUCUGGGAAAGUUGUGACCAGCCUGGAGUGGGUGGGCAUGUGGUGUGAGGCUGGUCAGUUGAUAUCAUGGGAUGUUUCAUAAACCUGCUGGUCAUUUCUUACUUUCAGUGAGAUCAUUUCUGUUAAACUGACAACAAAAAUAAAUGUAAAUAGUC